GCGUGAUAAUUUCUUACGCAUCUUGACGACCGCCAUUUUAAUACUUCUGAAAUAUUGGAGGGGGAUCAAACAAAAUCCGUAAUCAUCCGGCUGUUGGGGUCAUCUAAAUUUUUGAAAACAUCGUAGACCUCAGGACAAGUCUUCUUUGUAAUGGCAGACACUGAUAAAUUAAAUAUAGAUAGCAUUAUAGCAAGAUUAUUAGAAGUGAGAGGAUCAAGACCGGGGAAAAAUGUACAGCUGACAGAAUCAGAAAUAAGAGGACUUUGUCUCAAGUCGAGAGAAAUAUUUCUAAGUCAACCAAUCCUUUUAGAACUAGAAGCUCCCUUGAAGAUAUGUGGUGAUAUACAUGGACAGUAUUACGAUUUACUACGAUUGUUUGAAUAUGGCGGGUUCCCACCAGAGAGUAACUAUCUCUUCCUGGGGGAUUACGUAGACAGAGGAAAACAGUCUCUGGAAACUAUAUGUCUCCUACUGGCAUAUAAAAUCAAAUACCCUGAAAAUUUCUUCUUACUCAGAGGCAAUCAUGAAUGUGCUAGUAUAAACAGAAUUUAUGGAUUUUAUGAUGAAUGUAAACGAAGAUACAAUAUAAAGUUGUGGAAAACAUUCACAGACUGUUUCAAUUGUUUACCUAUAGCUGCAAUUAUUGAUGAGAAAAUCUUCUGUUGUCAUGGAGGUCUGAGUCCAGAUUUACAAUCUAUGGAGCAGAUCAGAAGAAUAAUGAGGCCUACAGAUGUACCAGAUCAGGGAUUAUUGUGUGAUUUAUUAUGGUCCGAUCCAGACAAGGAAACAAUGGGCUGGGGAGAAAAUGAUAGAGGUGUAUCAUUCACAUUUGGUGCAGAAGUUGUUGCUAAGUUUUUACAUAAACAUGACCUUGAUCUUAUAUGCAGGGCUCAUCAGGUAGUAGAAGAUGGAUAUGAAUUCUUUGCCAAAAGACAGCUUGUAACUUUGUUCUCUGCUCCAAACUAUUGUGGUGAAUUUGAUAAUGCAGGAGCUAUGAUGAGUGUUGAUGAAACUCUCAUGUGCUCAUUCCAGAUUCUGAAACCAGCCGAUAAGAAGAAAUUUCCUUAUGGUGGAUUAAAUGCAGGCCGUCCAGUCACUCCACCAAGAGGACAGGUUAAAAACAAGGGAAAAGUGUAAUACAUUCAAACUGAUAUGGAUAAUAAAAAACAGUGCUAAAUCACUGUGAACAUUUUAAUUCAGUGGAAACUUUGUUGGAGAUCUCAAUGGAAAUAAUUUCAGAGGUCAAAUUUUUAAAUAUUUUGUGAGUGUGAAAGCUCAUUUACAUUAAAGUUCUUUAGGCCAAAGGCAAAUAAAUUGUGUGUAUGUGUGUGAGCUCCAUAUUGAAUGAGUGCCACUUUAAUUUACAGGGAACCUGUCAAUUCUAAUUGCAGUUAUAAAGUAACUUUGAGCUACAUCUUCUCAUAUUGUAAUCGAUUCAUAUUGUCAUAAUUUGUUAAGAGAAAAUUGUAACCCAAAGUUAAAUCUUAUGAAGUGAUUGUGAUCUGAUUUGUACAUUCUUUUUGUGUCCAAAUAUUUAUUGAAAGCAUUUGAUGUACAGUGUAAUAUAUGUCAUAUAUUGUAAAUCUACAAAUUCUGGAAUUAUGUGUCAAAUUACAUUAAAAUUAUAUAUUGUAAGAGAUAGUGUUUGGUUAUAAAAAUAAGCCUGUAAAAUUGUUGUAAAUUUAAUUUUGAAAAAAGUAAAUACAAUUUGGUAAGCAACAGGUGUGUUAAAGAUUUAUUUAAUCUAGACAAGAGAAAUGGGUGAAGGGAGGUCAUUUAAUAUUCUUCAGGCGUCAAGAUGUAAAUAUUUUGUGUCUAUUGUACAUAAUUUUAUAUGUAAAUAUAUUUCUCUGAGAUUAAAACAGAAGAAAUGUAAAAUAUAUCCUUCCCCCUCCAAUCUUGAUGAUGAUAUUUUUUUCAUUUCUUCUGUUAAACUUCUAUAUUUAGCUACUGUAAUUUCUCGAAUAGAAAUUGUGAACAUCAUUUCAAUACUUUGAUACUGUUCAAAUUUUCCCGAUUGGUUUUCAAAGUGUUGUAUUCUUUUUUGUUCUUCCUGACCCCAUUGAAUAAAUCAGAAACUAAAACAGUGUUAAAACUGAAAUAUGUAACUGUUAAUAAUUAUAACAGUGCUAAAUUCACAGCAUAAAAUAGAAGUUAAUCUGAAUGACUUUUUACCAUCAAACUAUUAGAAAGCAGUAUCAUGGAAAUAUUUUAAUGAAAUGAAAAUUUGAAAUGUUUAAACAAUUAUAUAUGGUUCAGUACAACAAAAAAUAACUUAAAUGUUUGUUUUACAUUUUCCCUAUACAAGUUGUUAUUCAAUGGAAUAGCCCUAUGGAUUCAUCUCAUUUUCACAGGCUUUUAAUAUUUAAUGAUUUAAAUGGCAAUAGUAUGCAAGAAAAAUAUCUUUUUUAUACUUUUUAUAAUUUGCUUGCAAGCAAAGGUACAUGUAUCUACACAAAAUGUAUGGUAACCGUAGAUUACAGUUAAUGGCAGGUACAAGAAGGUCACAAUGAUCAAAGAAAGUGAAUAAUAAUAAAUCUAGAGAAUAAACAGAAUAUUUAA